CUCCUACUAAAAACCGGACCCGCACCACUACACUCUAUGUGACUAUACUAACGAAUUUUCGUUGCAGUACACCACGGUAGGGAUAGUGCAAUCUUCGUGCAACGAAGAAUUUCGGGGUACCGCGCCAGUCGGCCUAUCAUCCUGUAUCGCGUUUGCACAUUCGCUACUGCAGGAAACCAAACAGUAAACAACCAUGGCGGAUCCGUUGAGUUUGCUUCGCCAGUUCAACGUGAACAAAAAAGAAAUUAUUGAACGUGAGAACCAGAUUAUAUUCGGUGAAUUCUCCUGGCCGAAGAAUGUAAAGACAAACUAUUUAACCUAUGGAUCUGGAAAAGAAGGCACGCCUAAAGAAUAUUAUACCCUUGAGUGCCUCUUAUUUUUAUUGAAACAUGUCCAACUCACGCAUCCUGUCUACGUACGACAAGCAGCUGCUGAAAAUAUUCCUGUUGUGCGGCGACCAGACAGGAAAGAUCUGCUGGCUUAUCUUAAUGGCGAAUCAGCUACCACAGGCUCCAUAGAUAAGUCAGCCCCAUUAGAAAUCCCAACACAAGUCAAACGAACAGCCGAAGAUGGUCUUGAUGCGGGUCUUGCGAAAAAACCACGAUUUGAGGAAACCCAUGUCCAAAAAGUCAAGGAACAACUGGCAGCAAGAUUGGAUGCCCCUAAGGAAGCCUCCGUCACAGUUGAUAACAUAAAAUCUCUCUCCGAAGCUAUGUCUGUGGAAAAAAUUGCUGCUAUAAAAGCCAAACGUUUGGCAAAGAAGCGGACAACCAUCAAAGAAAACGAUGACAUUGGUAUGGGCUCCGAUUUGCGUGUUAUCUUGGACAUGGAUGUUGAUGACACCAAGGACAUUGUAUCGAGGGAAAGACAGUGGAGAACACGAGCGACGAUACUUCAAAGUGCAGGGAAAAUGUUUGCCAAAAACAUAUUUGCGAUUCUCCAAAGUAUCAAAGCUAGAGAAGAAGGGAGAAUGCAAAAGGGCCCUGCAGUACCUGCGCCGAUGGUGACACCUAGGUCUACACCUAUGCGUCCAUUACCACAACCAGCUGUAUAUAAUCGUUACGAUCAGGAAAGGUUUAUCAGGCAAAAGGAGGAGACUGAAGGAUUCAAAAUCGAUACCAUGGGUACCUACCAUGGUAUGACGCUGAAGUCUGUAACAGAGGGUACUACUCCUGGGAUAAGAAAGCCAACAGCUAAUCCAGCUGCCACACCUAGCUCUGGAUUACUGCCUGCUUCAGCUGCUAAAUUAACUCCUCAACAAGCAGCUCAGAAUAAGCGACCAAGUAGAACUCCAAUAAUAAUAAUACCAAGCGCAACUACUUCCCUCAUCACUAUGUACAAUGCCAAAGAAGUAUUGCAGGAUCUGAAAUACGUUAGUAAUGAAGAAAAGCGAUCACUAGGUGGUAAAAGAGAAAACGAGAUAUUGCUGCAACGAAGAAAAGAUGGAGGUCUCACUGUGCCUUAUAGAGUAGUAGACAAUCCUCAAAAAUUGACAAAUGCCGACUGGGAAAGAGUUGUGGCCGUAUUUGUCAUGGGUCCUCAAUGGCAGUUCAAAGGAUGGCCUUACGAUGGAAAUCCUGUGGAAAUAUUUUCAAAGAUUUGCGCGUUCCACUUGAAGUAUGAUGAAAUGAAGUUGGAUGCCAACGUAGCCAGGUGGGCGGUAACAGUUGUGGAACUGAGCCGUACUAAAAGACAUUUAGACAGGGCAGCAUUGAUGGUUUUCUGGGAGCAAUUGGACAAGCACAUGAUAAAAAACAAACCGCAUCUGCGAUUUUAAUGAAGCAUGCAGUGUGACCAUGCGGGAAUCUGUACUAUAAAGCUUACACCAGAAAUGUUAAACUUUUAUCAUCAUCGAGGUGAUAUGGUUGUUGCUAGAUAACAAAAAAGAAAAAGUAAAAUGUUGUAAAUACGUACACCAAAAAAGCAGAAAACAGAAGAAAAAUAUACCGAUAAAGCGUUGGUAACCGAUAAUACAGGCGCAGCAAUGUGACUAUAAUAUUCGUACCAGAAAAUAUGUACGAAAUAUCUAUAAGGGUUACAGAGAUUGUAAAUUUUCUAAUUAAUAUUAAUAUAGACACGCUUAGCAAACGUAAA